AUGAAAUUUAAUGAUAAAGAACAAAAUUCCACUGUAAUAAGUUUAAAUAAUUAUAAUGUUUUGCGCAAUAACAUCAAGAAAUUAAUAAAGCAGCUUGUAGAAUUAUUCAUGUAUAAAGAUGAAGAAGAUAUAGAUGUAGAUGAUGCUAUGAAAGGAGCACAUUUAGUUAACAAAUGCAUGGAAUACAACAGUGAAUAUAAAAAUUUUGCAAGUGCACCUGCCCCAGAACUUAGCUUAGUUGUAAAUCCCAAUCCUGCUGCUGUUGAUUUUGUUGGAGAUGAUAAUGAAUUUUUCGGGGAUAAUAAUGAUGACAAUGAAGAAGAAGAAGAGGAAGAAGAAGAUGAUAAUAAAGAUGUUUCUUCAUGA